UCCUCUUGUCCAUCUGGCUUGAUGAUAAACACACAGCUGCUCAACAUUAGCCUGAUGCGCAGCAAAGCUUUCAUCAUUUUCUUCCUUUUUUUUUUUUGUUUUGCAACAAACCAACAAUUUAAAACCUUUUUUAACAGAAGCGGAGUUCCACGGAGUGAGGAGAAACACAUGGACUAAAUGAUCAGGAGUGUUUUAGCACUAAUGCAGAUGGAAAUGAUGGAAGCCUAACAGUAAGAUUUAGGAGGACUUCUGUGCCAGGGUGUCUGUAACUGUGGUGUAAAUCAUCUGGAUUCCUGGUCUUUGUCAGAGCUCAUGAGGACCGCACUCUGUGCUGCUGUUUACAUGUGAAUGACACCAUCCAGCCGGUCCCAGCCAAGCAGAACCCUCAGAGACAGGUUGCAGUCCUUGAGAAGGAUGCCUUCCCUGCACCAUGGAGCAAUCUUCAUCGGAGCCUUCCUCAUUGUGACCGGAGGCUCCACAGCCUUCCUGGCCUCCUACCAAAGCCGCCUGCAAGCUUUCUCCCUCUGCUGUGUUGUUCUGGGGGUGGUGAUGCUCAUCCUGGGACUAUUCUGGGCCAUGAACAGCAAAAAUGUAGGCAACUACAACCACCGGGAUUUCGACCCAGACUGUCCCCAUUACCCAUACAACGACUACUCCAACUACCCCAGCCACGGUCUCUUCUCUCCUCAGCUGUCUCGAUUUCCUGAGUCCCAGUCAGUCUUCCUGCCCAGGACGAUGGAGUGCCACAGAAAUGCAGCCCGCGGUGCAGAUCUUGACUAUCCACCCAUGGACUCUGGCGGGUUAAGCCCUGCACCUCGACCUCCACCAUGGCUGGAACCCCCACCACCAUAUGAAGUUGCCAUCAAGACCACCUGUAGCUCUACACACCUGCGGCGUGCAUAUUCAGACACGCACCUGGCAACAGAGCCCUUGUUUGGACAGUCCAGAGAGAUUAGCUUUGAGGUGUGACACCUCCUUUACUCUGUCUGUCACACCAGAGGAUAAGUAGGCUACAUUUCUGUUAGCUCAUUAAUGAAGAAUUCAUUUGAAGCCUACUUCUUCCUGGUUUACAGCAUGUUUUUUUUUCUAAUUUAAUAAUUUAAACCUGAUAAAGAUAGUUGGAGGGUUAUCAAAGCAAAGAAAAGCCUUGCAAGCUAACAUUUUAAAACUUAAAAACCCUUGUCUAAUGCUAACAAAUGCUGAACAAACUUUAAAGCCACACUUAGUGGUAUAAUAUUGUUUUUAGGAGGAUUUAACAACUGAAUUUUCAUCAUUAUACAUCAAAGCUUUUACAGAUCCAUUCAUCCAUUUUCCAUCGUGCUUCUCUCUGCUGGGGUUGCAAGGAGAAUUUAGAGACACCAAUUAAUCUAACAGUCAUGUUUUUGGACUGUGGGAGGAAGCUGGAGUACCUGGAGAGAACCCACGCAUGCACAGGGAGAACAUGCAGACUCCACACAGAGAGACCCUGGGCCAGGAAUCGAACCCAGAACCUUCUUGCUGCAAGGCAGCAGUGCUACCCACUGCGCCGCCCGCUUUUACAUAUAAUAUUAUAAAUGAAGUAUGAACAAAGAAAUAGCCACAGCAUGUUAGCUUGGCUUAGCACAACUUAGUUUAGCGAACCACCGUGACAAGGUGAGUUUCAAUGAGUGAAAUGGGCGAGUUAAUAAAGAUAAACUAUUUAAUGGUAGCAUAUCAGUUGACUUAUAGGUUUUAU